AUGUGUUCAGUUCAGCAGCUGAGGGAUUUCAUCAGAGAGAGACUAACUGCUGCUGCGGAGGAAAUCUUCACUCAGGUCGAAAAAACCAUCAUUAGCUACGAGGAAGAGAUUAAAGUUCUGGAAACCUGCAGGAAUGAAGCUCAGAUAAAAACAACCGAUCCGGACCGAGAAGAACCAGAACCUCUGCAGAUUCAACAGGAGGAACCAGAACUCCCACUGAUUGAAGUGGGCCUGGAAGAACUUGGACCAACCGAACGAGACCAGAAGGAACCGGUACCUGGAGGAACCACAGGAGAGCUGACACAACCAGAACCAGCGCAGAUUAAAGAUGAACUUACAGAACCACAGCGGCUGGCCGACCCGGUGUCCAACAGCCAGGAGGGACAGCGGCUGGUACUGAAGGAGGAGACGUCUGUGGACCUGCUGAGUUACCAGCAAACUGAAGCAGAACCAACCGCUGAGCAGCUUUGUUAUGGUUCUGAACCUCAGACCCAAAGCUCAGAAGGAAACGUCUCCACUGUGUCCCAGAGUUUGUCUCUUAGAAACUGUGAAAAAGUCUUUAACUCCAGAAACAAUCUGGAUCAGCAUCGCAGAACUCACACAGGCGAGCGGCCAUUUUCCUGUCCAACAUGUGGGAAGAGUUUGUCCAAAAGCAGCAAAUUGAAGGUCCACAUGAGAUCCCACACAGGAGAGAGGCCUUUCAUCUGCAGCAUCUGCGGCAAAGCUUUGAGUUCAAACAGACACCUGACCGAUCACAUGGUCACCCACUCCAGCCAGAGGCCCUUCGGUUGCUCAGUGUGUGGAAAAACGUUUUGUCAUGAGAGUUCCUUCCAGUACCACAUGAAAGGCCACAACGGAGACAAGCCGCAUUCUUGUGACACGUGUGGAAAAAGGUUUAUUCUCAGUUCCAGUCUGCUGAGGCACAUGAGAACCCACACAGGAGAGAGGCCUUUCUGCUGCGCCACAUGUGGGAAACGGUUCGCUCAGAGCAGCAACCUGGGUGUUCACAGGAGGAUCCACACGGGAGAGAAGCCGUACUCCUGCCCAACGUGUGCAGAGAGUUUCUGUCGUAGAGCAGGUCUGCUCAGGCACAUGCAGACCCACAAGACCGGCUGAAAACCCAACAACAUUUCUCCUAAAGUGGAUUUAUUUCACAGUCAAUCGACAGCUUUUGGUUCCUGCUGCUCAAAGUCACAUUACAAACCACCAAACUCUGGAAGAGGUUCUCCCAUUUAUCCUGCACAACUGUAAAAACAAGAUUUUAGUCUCAGAAGAGGAAAUAUUUCAGAUUUGGGUUCGUUUGAGAUUUGAACCAACAGGGGAAACAAACUGAUCCGUUUAAAGCAGAGCAAACUGACCAGGUGUGAAUACACCUUUAAGGUUUUAAAGACAACAGGUGACGCAAUAUAAGAAUCAUUAACUAGAGUCUGUUUUCUGCCGCACUGUUCAGUGCAUAUCUCACCCUGGCUUAAUUAAAUAUCAUAUUGACAGCAGUCAGAGUGGGCCAUGCUUACUGAGCACCAGCAGCUCCUGCUGGUCCAGAGGUCAGAACUGCUGUCAGCAGGAACUCAAGGAUGUAGGGCAGCAGCCAGACAAACAGCCGGCAAACAGCCGGCAGACAGCUGGCAAACAGCUGGCAGACAGCCAGCAAAC